CACAGUCCUCAUUUAGCCGCUGGCAUGCAUCCCUCCUCCCCGCUCUGCUGGAUUUAGAGCUUGAUGAUUAGAGAUGCAGGGAGGCUGGACCGCUGCUCUGCAGGAUUGGGACUAGGAUUGACAAACUCUGCUGCCAAGGCGGCUUCAUUGCUCCGCUGCCAUCAGACCGGACUCUUUCAAACUGGUCCGGAGCCGUGGAACGCCGCACCGGGAGAUUUGAGGAGGUGAAGGUCCGGUUUCGGCUGAGCAUUUCUGCGUGGGCUUUGAUCCUUCCACAGAUGAAGAACGAGUGAGCGUGCGUGUGCAAACCGUCACGUCUUCCUGUGAAAUUGAGCGAGCCGGAAACCUGGUGCCCGAUGAUCUCAGCCCAGAGGAGCAGCAGGAGCUGGAGAGCAUCCGCCGCAGAAAGCAGGAGCUGCUGCAGGACAUACAGAGGCUGAAAGAUGAGAUCGAAGAGGUGACCAGUGAAAUAGAGAAUCUGGGUGUGACUGAAGAGAGGAAAAGCAUGCAGAGGAGUAAACAGAUGGCUAUGGGCCGGAAAAAGUUCAACAUGGACCACACAAAGGGGAUUCGCUUCUUGAUUGACAGCUCACUUCUGAAAAACACCAGUGAAGACAUCGCCAAGUUCCUGUACAAGGGAGAAGGGCUGAACAAAACGGCCAUCGGGGACUACCUGGGGGAGAGAGACGACUUCAACAUCAAAGUGCUUCACGCUUUCCUGGAGUUGCACGAGUUCACGGACCUGAACCUGGUGCAGGCUCUCCGGCAGUUUCUGUGGAGCUUCCGGCUGCCCGGCGAGGCUCAGAAGAUCGACCGAAUGAUGGAGGCGUUCGCCCAGAGAUACUGUCACUGCAACCCAGGAGUUUUUCAAAGCACGGAUACCUGCUACGUGUUGUCGUUCGCCGUCAUCAUGCUGAACACGAGUCUGCACAACCCCAACGUGAAGGACAAACCCUCGGUCCAGAGAUUCACAGCGAUGAACCGAGGAAUCAACGACGGAGGAGAUCUGCCUGAGGAUCUGCUGAGAAAUUUGUAUGACAGCAUCAAGAACGAACCCUUUAAGAUCCCGGAGGAUGACGGCAACGACCUCACACACACUUUUUUCAACCCUGACAGAGAAGGCUGGCUGCUAAAGCUCGGAGGGGGACGAAUGAAGACCUGGAAAAGACGCUGGUUCAUUCUCACAGACAGCUGCCUGUACUACUUUGAAUACACCACUGAUAAGGAACCCAGAGGGAUCAUUCCACUGGAAAAUCUGAGCAUCAGAGAAGUCGAGGACUCGAAGAAACCGAACUGCUUUGAGCUCUUCAUCCCCAACCACAAAGAUCAGGUGAUCAAAGCCUGUAAGACGGAGGCCGACGGCCGCGUCGUCGAGGGAAACCACACCUUUUACCGAAUCUCCGCUCCGACUGCAGAGGAGAAGGAAGAAUGGAUCAAAAGCAUCAAAGCUGCCAUCAGCAAAGACCCGUUCUAUGAGAUGCUGGCUGCUCGGAAAAAGAAAGUCUCCACCCUGAGAGGCUUGUAGAUGUGCAGAGGACAAACCUCAGAGGACCUGAUCCUGCAGCUGCACUGACACUGGUUCAGAGGACUCAACUUUCAGAAGCUCCUCCCACUAUCUUCUGAGCCGAUGUACUGUCAGCAACAACACCGGCUUACAAGCAGAAUUGUUUUAAUGGUUCCAGACAAAUCUGCUGGAAUAACCAUCCAUGUUUUUAGUCACUGGAGCUCCUUGAACAAUUUAUCCCAAUUGAGUUAAAAAAAAGUUUUUUGCUCCACAAAAGGUAAGAUAAACAUUGCUAUAUUUAUAAAAAAACCACACAAAGCCGUUAUAAAAUAUCUUUUUUAGGUCACCAUCAGACACCGCCUGGAUCUUUGGUGUUGGUCUGGCCGCAUAAAUGCUUGGAAUAAAUCUGUUUUUUCCUGCUGUUGGUCUUUUGUCAGAGCUGAAAGAACACAAUAUUUAUUUUUCUGUAAUUUAUUGCUUUUCUCAAUAAAACUCUGAACUACA